GGCCUCGGGGCAGGCUGGCCGGCACAAAGUCCCUGGUCUCACAGGCCUGCGCCUGCUCUUCCAAACGAGGCCCGCAGACCAGCAGCGGGAGCGUCACCCGGGAACGCACAGCACGGCGCCGAGGGGAUCACAGCCCGCAGCUGAGCCAGGCCCAGGGAAGCAGGUGAGACCGGCAUUACCGUUCCCGCCCUCACCUAGGGCGACACGCGGCUCGAGGAAGUCGCCCGACGCCGCGGAGCGGAGGAGGGGCUGAGCCGAGGUUCUACCCCCGAGCCUCAAGUUCUUUCCAAGAAGUAGACAAGCAAGUCCACAGGCCCCGUGUCUACCCCCGCUCUUGGCGGGGGGCCUGUUUCCGAUGAUGCCGUCUCCCACAAUCGACCCCAGAGCCGCACUUCCGGCGCCGUCAGCGGCGACCCGCACAGCACAACCGUCUCCGAGCCUCCAGCGGCCUCUCCGCACCGGAACUUCACUUCCCAGCAAGCCCAGCGGCCUCCUGCCGCGCGAGGCACGACGGGCACCUCGGCCCGCUCUCCUCUCUGGCGGAAGAACCUUGAGGCGGGACCCGACGUGGCCGGACGCAAGGGCGCGCGGCGCCCUGGGACAUGUAGUCUGGCCCCGACCGGGACGCCCCCUCGGAUGAAUGGGGCCCAGGCGGACUGCGAACUACAGCUCCUCGGCCGGCUGCGUCGGUGGCCGCCGCGGGGGAAAGGGAGCCGGCGGCGGCGGCGGCGGCGGCGGCCCCGCGGGGAUGUUCCGUGCGGCGGGGGACGCGGCGGCGCGGCUUCCUGGGGUGGCGGUCUAGGCGGGCGCCUCCUCCCGCGCUCCGGCCAUGCGCCCGGCCUUCGCGGUGGGCCUGGUGUUCGCAGGCUGCUGCAGUAAUGUCGUCUUCCUGGAGCUCCUGGCCCGGAAGCAUCCAGGAUGCGGGAACAUUGUGACAUUUGCACAGUUUUUAUUUAUUGCUGUGGAAGGCUUUCUCUUUGAAGCUGAUUUGGGAAGGAAGCGGCCAGCGAUCCCAAUAAGGUACUAUGCCGUGAUGGUAACGAUGUUCUUCACUGUCAGCGUGGUGAACAACUAUGCCCUGAAUCUCAACAUUGCCAUGCCCCUGCAUAUGAUAUUUAGAUCUGGUUCUCUAAUUGCCAACAUGAUCCUAGGAAUUAUCAUUUUGAAGAAGAGAUACAGCAUAUUCAAAUAUACCUCUAUUGCCCUGGUGUCUGUGGGGAUAUUUAUUUGCACUUUCAUGUCAGCCAAGCAGGUGACUUCCGAGUCCAGCUCAAGUGAGAAUGAUGGAUUCCAGGCAUUUCUAAGGUGGCUACUAGGGAUUGGGGCACUGACUUUUGCACUUCUGAUGUCAGCAAGGAUGGGUAUUUUCCAAGAGACCCUAUACAAACAAUUUGGGAAGCACUCCAAGGAGGCUUUGUUUUAUAACCAUGCCCUUCCACUUCCUGGCUUCAUCUUCCUGGCUUCUGAUAUUUAUGACCAUGCAGUUCUAUUCAAUAAGUCAGAAUUGUAUCAAGUCCCAGUCAUUGGUGUGACAGUGCCCAUCAUGUGGUUCUACCUACUGAUGAAUGUCAUCACUCAGUAUGUGUGCAUCCGGGGCGUCUUCAUUCUCACCACAGAAUGCGCCUCCCUUACUGUCACCCUUGUUGUGACUCUCCGCAAGUUUGUCAGCCUCAUCUUUUCCAUCUUGUACUUCCAGAACCCUUUCACUGUGUGGCACUGGCUGGGUACCUUGUUUGUCUUCAUUGGGACCCUCAUGUACACAGAAGUGUGGAACAACCUAGGGACCACCAAAAGCCAGCUGCAGAAGGAGGACAAGAAAAACUGAGGUCUGCCUGGAGCAGAGAGACCAGUAUGCUAAUGUGCCAGGGCUGGUGAAGGUCUGGCCGCCAUUUCACUUUUGUUAAUGCUGAAGUAUUGAACCAGCCAUGUUCCAGAGAAUCCUCAGAAGGAGGGACUUCUCAGAUUUUUUUAAGGCUGCACAGGCCAACGUUUGCAGACUCCAAAUGGAAACCCCUCAACCACGAAAUAGAAACAAGAAUAGUUCUCUACUGUUGAACAGCCAGUCUGUUACUUGUUUUGUUUACCAAAAUAUUUAGUACCGUUACUUGUUUAUUGAAUUCUCAGUCCCCACAGCUACUAGUUUUCUAUCCGUGGUCUCAGACAGGUUUCUCUCUUGUUGACAUUCUGACGAUUCUCUGCCAUACGGUCAUUCUCAUCCCGUGCCCACCACCCUUUUUCUUGUCACUCUUCCCCUCCCCUACCACCUCUGCAGCACUGGAGCCAGUCAGAUGCUCCAGGCAUCAUCACCAGGAAGCAACUAUGAGGGGCCCUGUGACAUUGGGACUGGAAAGGAAGCGGCUGUCUGUGUGAGCUGAGCCCUGGUGACACUGGAGCAAGACUGGUGGUCGUCCUUUCCCACAUCUUGCUUCCCUCCCCGCACCCCAUGUGCAAGUCUUUUUGCUUACUGUGCUUAGACCAUCAGCAUAUCUGUAUGGCACAGAGUUAAUAAGAAAGAAAGGCUGUGUAUGAAUCAGGCAGGACGUUUUUCCCCCUCAGUCUUCUAUACAAAGCCCUUUAGCCCACAGUUGAAAUGGUAAUUCCAGGAUGGCUGGGAGCAGCUGGCCCUCGUCGGCACCCAGGGCACCACAGCUCCCCUCUGGGCCCAGCCAGGCCCUCACGGGGCUGGUUCCAAGUGGGUGCAUUCAGUGUUUGAAAGGCUUCUUAACCAGAGAGAUUGAGUGCUGCCUGUCAGUAUGAGAGCUUCGUGGCCAGUCAGGCUAAGGAGUAGAGACUCUCAUAUACGGUGGAUGUGGGUGUGGUGUAUCAAUCAGGUCCAGUCACAACUAAAAUGAAAAGUUGUGUGUUUUCGUUUUGUUGUUUUUUUUUUUUUUUUUUUUCCUAUAAGGUAUCUUAGUGUUCUUGAUGGGUAUUUACAGGUGGUUGGGAAGUCAUUUGUUUUACUCUGUGAGGAAGCGUGAUGCCCCUUUAGGCUGAUCAUUUCAGAGGUGUGGUUUUCUUCCUGGGAUAAUUUUGAGAAAGAGGAACAGUGUCAAUAUGGUGUAUGUAGGUACGUGUGUUUGUGUGUGUGCACGCACGUUUAUGCGUUUGUGUAGUUUCUGCGAUAAUAUUAGAGGAGGAAAUAGCAUGAGAGUCUAUUCUUUUAUUUCCUCAUUCUUCACUCAGCCCCGAACCUUCAUUAAACUUGCACAAGUCCGUGCUCUUCUCUCUUUUUCACAUGCGAAAAAAGCCUUCCUUCCCCCCGCCCCUUUGGAUAUAGAUUGUAUUCUUAAAUUGUGAUGCGGCUCUCGAGAUCUCCUUGGCUCACUCUGUGGUAUGGCCUGUUUUCCUCUUCUGCCUGCAGCUGUUCCCUGAUGGGGUCUGAGAUAAGUGUCCAAGAACCAUUGGGUCACUCAGGGAAAGAACUUAAGCUGCCUCAUUGUUUGUUCCAUAAAAUGUAGAUACUGUUUCUCCAUCUAAGUCACAGGGUUUUCAGACAGUGUUGUUCUGGACAUGGACAAAUUUCUAGUGCUGAUAAUUGGUCUGUCCUAAAAAAUGCCAAAUUUGGUAUGAACCCAUUCAUGGAAUCAAAAGGUAUUUUCUUUGGAAUAUGUAGAGUUCCUCUGACUGAUGGUGCUAUAAUAAGCAUGAAUUAAAUAUCCUCUUAAAAACAAAAUAAAACUACUUUGUAAAAAUCACUUGAUAGAAGAACCCGUCCCUAGGGACUAUUAGAUUUCUGUGUAUCUGGAGUCUUCGCAGGCUGGAGCCUUACAUAACUUAGUGUCCUCCUUUUUAUGUUGAUGAACAUUUUUAGUAACUGAGAUGUGUUAAUGUACACAGGCAUUUAACUGUGUCUAUUAGGUUUUAGAUUCUGGAUUUAGAAAGUACCUAUUCCUCUCAGGCUGAAUACUGCUGCUGGUUUUAUUAAUAAGAGAUUACAUAUGGACAGAUUAUGGCAUUUACACUAAGAAAUAUAAGAACAGAAUGUCUGAAAUGCCUUAUGAGUUGAUUUUCUCUCUAGUGGCCAGAUGUAAGAAAAUAUGUCUAAUGGACACUAAUACUUUCAUUAGCAACUUCUUUUUUUGACAGUUUUUUCCAUAGGAUAACUGAUUUUUCAAUCAAGGUUGAGAUUAAUUUCAACUUGUAUUAAAGAGGCAAAUAAACCAUUUUGAAGAGGACCAGACCCAUGCAGCUGGAGGAGAAAUGUCUAUUAAAAUGCUUCUCCUCUUUCUCUGGGUCGACUAUGUAAUAACUUUGUACCCCAGAGAUAGUUUGCAAAAGGGAUUGAUGUUUAAGACAUCCAAAACUCUGCCCUUAGACUGAAGAUCAUAGCAGAUGACACUAGCCAGAAACUGUCCUGUGUGUGUGUACAUGUGUACACAUAUCUGUGCACCCACUUAACAGCUUGACCAGCACCAUAAAGUAACAGGAGAAGAUGGUGGAUAUUUGAAUUAUAUUAAUGUAAUACCUAGUUAGCUUUUACCACAAUUCUGUCCUCACAUUAUGUUCUCUUUUGUUUUUGUAUUGCUUUAUCUUUUAUCCCUUUUAUUUUCCUUUUCAUCUAAACCAAUCAGUAACGUACUUGGUAAGUGUCUGUCGAGCUUUAGACACAAUCUAGUUUUUCCCCCCUUCUUCCUUUCCAGUUACCCAACCGUAUUCUUCUGAGAAGAUUACCUGACAUUUUUAAAGGAUUCUAAUAACUUGGGGUCAUUUCGCAAGCAGCUUUCCUCUUUCCUGCCCUAUUUUGUUUUCCUCCUGAGCCCCACCUCCAUUGUCCUCACUGCAGUCUCUGUUCAUCUGUGCACUUCUCCACUGAAAACUUGCAUAGUUCUCUGUGCCUGUCAUCUUGCAUCUGUUUAUGCCUCUAUUCUCUGGGGCCUCUCGGCUGUUUUUGUGGAUUUUUACAAGGUAUUUUGUUAGACAUUGUUACAGGCACUGAUACUUGGAGUGCGAGAAGAUGUGGCCCAUAUGUGAAUAUAUGUAUAGAUAAGUAUAAACAUGAGGGUUAAUGUAAAAAUGUUUAUUUUGUUACCUGAAACUGGAACUGAGAAUCUUAACCACCAUGCCCUUCUAUAUUUGGAAAAUAAUGUUCUUGUUUGCUCUUUUCACCCCAUGUUGAGCUCACUUUGUUCAACAGUGCCAAAUGCCUAUGGAGAAGGGAGGUGGAAAACCUCAGGAAUUAUUCAGAGCCAGUGAAUUAGCUGUGGGCUGGGAGAUGUGCUCAUGGGUGGACCACUUGGCAUGUUAGAGUGAAGGAGAGGAAGAAAUUUUCCUCUGUUCAAGAUUCUUCCAGUUGGACUACAAAUUAAAAUUUACAUGAGACAGAUUAACAGGAGAAAAAAAAAAUAUCGAAGUUUGAGUUUGCGCACCCAAAACCUAAACAAAGGACUAGAGCAGGCAUUUUUAAAAUCUACAUUUUAGACAAUAAAUCUGUUAGGAAUUGACAGGAUAAAGAAGAUGGAUGUUUGGGAGUUUUAGUAAGGAAUUCAGGCUGUAGUAAUAGAUUAGUAAAAAUAUAGCCAGAUUUGUUUCUGUAGCUUUCUUGGCUUUAAAUAAAGACAUCUUUUUAGUUCUUAGUGCAGGGGGAGCAUACCUUUCAAAUGGGAGUUUUGUUUUCUGUUCUUAGAAGGACAGAGGAUACUCAUAUCCUUGUAUCUGCUGCUUCCCACAUAGCUUCAAUUCAAAAUACCGAGUAUGCCACUGUGGUACAUUAUGGGUAGUCUGCUCUUGGCUCCUGCAGUUCCCUCCUCUGCAAGAAGUUUCACACAUUAAAAGUUGAUAGAUUUUUCCAUUUCAAUGAACCUGCUGGGUUCUGACAAUAGCUAUGUCAGUUUCGUUAAACUCAUUAUAGGAGGUGGCUAUGUGUUCUCAAAGUUAUUAGUCCAUUGAUUCAAAUCAGGUAAUGAGUAAGAGAGAGGCGUUUCUGAUGGUAGCCAGCCAAGUGGAUUUCUGGAUAGCAGGCAGUGGCAAUCUGAUGUAUUUUCUUGGUUUGUAAUUUUGAGUUUUUGUGGUGAACUUUUUGAGUAGCCCAUAGAGCAAAAGGCAUGGAGAUUGUCUACAUAUGAGCUGUUCUGAUUUCUCCGAAGUUGUUUAUGUGUAGUUUGCAGGGCUUCAAGAAAAAGGACAGCUUUUUUAAUCAAGUUAUUCCAAGUAAAAAAAGAUUGGGGGGGGGGGGUGUUCUUUGAGGAAGUUGUAGCCAGACACUGGAGAAAACAAGAAAUCAAGAUCUUGUCCAGUUCAUAAUGAAAUGUAUGAGAAUAUAGUAUUCACAAAGGGUAUGUUACUGAAAUAGUUUUUCUCCUUAUAAUCACACUAACUUUUACCAAAGAUAGCCCAAUUAAGACUAAUCGGUUUGCAAAAUAAGUCUAGUGUUUAAAAAUUUGACCUGAUUAUUUACAUGAGUGCAGUAAGAAUAGUAAGUGAUCCUAUAGGCCCUUUUUAAAGGACUUUCUAGACUGAACUUUUAACAGCCUCUCAAGGUGAGAAGCCAAACAAAAAAUACUUGCUCAGACUUCCCCUGUAACAGCUGUAGGUUUGGUUAAUUCUUUCUCAAGCCCCAAAAGUGUCCCGAAGUUCUUGGACCUGCCAGGAAAUGAUCCUCCCUCUUCACCUGGUAAAUCUGCUGGGAACCCUGUAAGCAAGGUAUCAGGCUGUUUUUCCAGGGGGCACAGGGGGCUUUAUUGGCUCUGUAUAGUCAACCUUAUUUCCUUAAGCUGUCUGGUGGUAUCUGAGUUUGUGCCGGUCUCCCUCAAAUAUGACAUUCUAGUCAAAGCCUUGGUAAUAUAAUCAGUGUUUCCAGUUGUGUCCUAUUACUCUUAUUGAACUUAUGCAAAUGAGUAUAUUAUGAAAAUAUAAGAAUAUUGAAGGGAUUAGGUAGAGAAGAUAAAUGUUUUGUUCACAAAGAUAUGUUUUAUCAAAUUGCUGUAAGUUAUAGUUAUCUUAAGAAAAAAUUUCUUUAAAGCUGGAAAAAAAUCAGUGUUUAACAAAAAGUCAUAAAAAUUACAAUCAUCCUCAAUUCA